UUUGCUUUUGUUGUUCCCAAUGCCAUGUCGAAUUGUCGACCUCCGUUCUUGUCCUCCUCAUACUACCACGCUGCUCAACUGGCAUCUCGCUUUGCCGCUGCCGGCCAGGCCUUCAAAAUGUUUCGAAAUUAUUUUAGACCAGGCAAGGGAAGGAACAAGGCUUCACUGAUCUCCCUCAUCAAUCUAGCGUUUACUCUACCCCGCAGAUGCUAGCUAGACUGAAAGCAGUCACCAGGCCAAUGGAUUCAGCAACACCAAGAACAAGUGCCGCGACUCCUACCUGUACCGUUCCUGGGCUCCUAGCUGGCCUCACCAAGCUCUGCAAGCUCACCAAGGUCUGCGCAGCGCCAGCACUGGACGAUGAGACAAAAUCUCAACUUGGAACUUGCGGUGGAUAUGAUCAGAGGCUGCUUCUCAUAAGACUGUUUGAAGCAGUGGGAUCCCUCAAGUCAGCCUACAUCAAGCUCCCGAGAGCUUACAUCCCCUACGAUCCGGCCAAGAUCGCCUUCGCCGAUGAGAUUAUCACGUCUGAGCUCGAUUCAGUAACAGCUCUGCAGCGCCUGUGCAGUUGGAGCUGUGGGAUCGGGUCGUUGGUCAACGAGCGGUGGUCCUUGGUUCAGGAACUGGAGGCCGAGACGAGGAAGAGGGGUUCAGACAUCGUGGUGCUCAAGAGAGAACUGGAGGCGCUGCAGAGGGAGAACUCGAGACUGAACAGGCAGAUCAAGAGCGAAAAGUUGUCGUCAAGUAAGCAGAAGAGUGACAAGGGCUCCGUCGUGCCGAAAGAGUUAGCCACGGCUACACCAAGUACAGUGCUGGAGGUGUUCAAGGUGGCAUCAGCAUCGGUGCACGACUUUGCAGAGUUGAUUGCUACUAGCAUGAUGCAGGCAUCUUCAGAUAACUGUACUGUGAAGGAUGCUGCAGUAGAGCAGUCAUGGACAUGGAGGAGGUGCUCACUUGAGGCGCACCUGUCGCGAACAAUGCUCGUCGGUGCCAUUAUUACCGGUACUGAAGAAGAAGAAGAAGAAGACGGAGAUACGAAAUGGUUGAAAAUGAGUGGUGGUCGCUUCGAUCGGAUCAUGAGGUUCUGCGACCCUCUGGACGCCUUGAUGCAGUACCCAAUCUCGGGCUUCUCGAGAUUCUGCCGGUCAAGGUACCUGGCCGCCGUGCCGGCGGAAACGGAGGCGGCCGUGUUCCGGAACCUGGACCAGCGGGCGUUCGUGGCGCGCGGGAGGACGUGGUUCUACCGGGCGUUCGCGACGAUGGCGAGGUCGGCGUGGGCGCUGCGUGCGGCCACGGCAAGGUGCUUAGAGCACGGAGUACACGGUGUCAGAAUGUUGUACGCGAGGAGAGGGAGCGAGUACGCCGAGGAGUUGAUGGAGAGCGUGGCUGCGCCUGCGUAUGGCGUCGGGGAAGGAGAAGGUGACACUGACACGGAGGAGAAGCUUAGCGUUGCCUUCACUGUGACGCCCGGAGUGAAGGUCGGCGCCACGGUGGUGGCGUGCAGGGUGCUUCUCCGUCAGUGUCGUCAUCAGGAGGGCUUCCUCCAAAUCCAAUGACGACUGCGGUUCUUAACUUUUUCUCUUUAAGAAAAAACAAGUACUGUAGUUAUGAAGAGCUGUGAGCCUCUGACUUGCAUUGAAUAUUUGCAUUUAGGCCGUGUUUAGUUUCCCAUCUUUGGAAUUUUGAAAGGGAAUCUUUCCAUAUUUGAAGUACUAAACAUAGACUAAUCACAAAACUAAUUAUAGAACUUGUCUUUAAACUACGAGCCAAAUCUAAUGAGUCCAAUUAAUCCAUCAUUAGAGCAUGUUUACUGUAGCUUUACUGUGGCAAUUUAGUUUUUAAUCACGGCCUAAUUAGGUUCAUUAGAUCCGUCUCGCAAUUUACAGUCCAUUUGUGAUUUUUUUUUUCCGACUACAUUUAAUACACCAUGCAAGUGAUUUAUAAAAUUUUUGGAAUUUUGAAGUUUGAAACUGAACACGGCCUUAGUAGUGCCAAUUGAAAUUAAAAUUGGCAUUGAAUAUAUGUCGGUCAGUUUUGGAUUUGCUUGAACGUGUGUGGCAGGCAGAGCAGAGUGGGCGGUGGGUUGAGGGCAGGCAGGUCAAAAGUCUAAACGCGGCGUUGGUUGGCAUGGCAUUGGCAGCUGGGUGUUUUGCACACGGACACGGUGACGCGGCAACAACGACUUUUGAGUUUGAGUGUUGGCUGCCUGCUACGCACGUCGUCGUCUUAAAUUCCUGGCUUCCCUCUCACGACGAAAUUAUUAUUCACUACAUUCUCUUCCCAUGGAGGACUACAUUCUCUUGGGUUUGAUUAGCUAGCUCGCUGGCUCCUUGGCCUCCAAGUUAGUUUCUUCCACCGCCGGCGCCGUGUAUAUAUCUCUCUUCUUCCUCACACCGACCGACCUCUCCAGUCCUGACCUGUCCAAUUAACAAGCAUUCCCUUCAUCAGGCUCAGCUCAGGCGAUGGGACGAAGCCGUCUCUUCCAGUUGCGUGGCCUCCUCCUGCUGCUCCUGCUUACCGUCUUGGCGCCGCGGCCUUCCACCUGCGCUAGGCCUCUCAACAAUAACAUCAUACUGAUGCCUGUCGCGGCGGCUGCAUCUGCAGCCACACCACCGUCCAUGAUGCCCAGAGAGAGAAGCAGCAGUGAGGAUCAGCGUCAGCUGCCACGCACCGGCAGGAGCAGCAGCUACGAGUGGCUGCUCAACAGCAAGCCCCGGGGGAAGCCACCGCCAUCAGCACCCAGCAAACGCACCAAUUGACGAACAAGCUAUAAGAUUCAUACUAAAAUCCUACUGGCUGCCCUGCUCUGCUUAAUUUGCAAUCAAGCUGUGGCUGCAGAGAGAACCAACAAAAUACUCCAUCUGUUCUUUCUCCCCUUCUUUUCCUUUUCAUUAUAGAUAGCAGCUAGCAUAGCGUAUAUCAGUAUAUGUAUUGUUUUGUUCUUUCAUUAUACUAUCUCGUGUCUUUUGCCUGACAGAAGAAUUGAUGUAAAAUAUAUGAGUAGUACAGCUAAAUACACAUGUUCCUAGAUCAUGUACACGCAUUUUUCAG